UUAACAACGCCUUCAGUUAGAAACAUAGCAUGAAUCAUAUUUAAAGCCUUUUUGCUUGUUGGUUAUGAUUACAGCUCCUCUCAAGGUGGAUAUACGUAAGCCUCACGUCUGACCGGUCGCUGAAAAGAUGAAGGGGUGGGGGUGAGGAGGGAGGGUGAGGAACGGGGCGACCGUGGUGGGGGUGGUUGAGUGGGAAGCUAAAAAAAAGGAAAAAGAAAAAGAGCAGCGUCUGGGACUUGUGCCGGUUGGGAGCAGGACAGCUUCUUUGACAUUAGCUUUAACGCACAUUCAAAGCACAUGCAAUAAGCAACUGCACAACCUGGGGAACACGCAGUGAAAUCCGCCGAGAGGAACGGCUCUGAGAGAGUGAGCUGCCGUAGAUUGUCCAAAGGGGCAGCGUUUCUUCUAGUUCCGGUUUGUCUGCCUGUGUGCGCUGAAGGAGUUGGGACCCUAAACAAAAGGCUGCCAUCAUCCUAAAGGAGAUUAUCUGCAGCAGGAAAGCGUGUGUGCUUGAUGCUAACUCAAAAUGAGCUCCUAUUUUGUCAACCCUCUUUUUUCUAAGUACAAAGGGAGCGAGUCAUUGGAGCCAACUUACUAUGACUGCAGGUUUCCACAGAGCGUUGCCCGCAGCCACACGCUGGUCUACGGACCGGGAGCAGCCGCACCGGGCUUCCAACACCCGUCCCAUCACGUGCAGGACUUUUUUCACCACGGAACUACGGGGAUCUCUAACCCCGGAUACCAGCAGAAUCCUUGCGCCCUGGCUUGCCACGGAGAUGCAACGAAAUUUUAUGGAUAUGAAGCCCUUCCGAGGCAAACGCUUUAUGGUACCCAGCAAGACGCAAGCCUAGCGCAAUACCCAGACUGUAAAUCGUCGGGCAGCUCUAACCCCGGAGAAGGACAAGGCCACUUAAAUCAAAACUCCUCUCCCAGUCUUAUGUUCCCUUGGAUGAGACCCCACGCACCAGGAAGACGAAACGGCAGGCAAACCUACAGUCGUUACCAAACUCUGGAACUGGAGAAGGAGUUUCUGUUCAACCCUUACCUGACGCGCAAGCGACGGAUCGAGGUAUCUCAUGCCCUCAGUCUCACUGAGCGCCAGGUCAAGAUCUGGUUUCAAAACAGGAGGAUGAAGUGGAAAAAGGAGAACAACAAAGACAAGUUUCCAGGCCAGAGAGGAGAAGCUGAAGCCGAGGCCGAAGAGGAGGGCAACGAGGACGGUGAAGGGGAAGAAACUGAAGAGAAAGAAGCGGAAGAAAAGGAAGAGGCCAAGGAAUGAUUUUAUGGUCCUUUUUAUGGUUAUAUGGCUGAAAACGAGAGAAAAGAGAGGCCCCAUAAACAGACCGAGAGUCAGAGGAAGGCACAGAGCGUCAACUUUAUGACCACCCAUUCAAUUUGUCAAAAGGGAGAAAAUCCCACUAAUACUGCUGUCAUAAAAAGUCCAAAUUCGUCCAGUAUUAUAACAUUCGGGUUUUCUGAGAGACUUGAAUCUGUCAAAUAGUGUCUCUGUAAAAUAACGCAUGUUAGAUGGGAAAUGGCAUAACUAUUUUUACAAAUGUGCUUUUAUCAAAACGCAUAGCCAAAUAAGAUCAAGACCAACGCCAACGUGUUUUGUAAAUAGAUACCAGCCUACAUUUACAGUGUCAUAUCAGAGUAGCCUUUCAGAAUUGUAGGCCCGGUUUGUUGAGACUUCAUAUAACUGUCACAUCGGCGCACAGCCUGUGUAUAAACCAGUUUGAAUCUUGAUUGUUACUGUACUGUUUAUCGUUUUAUGUGGAUGGCCUAGAGAUAGCCAUUAGCUCCUCAGACUUCCUUUCUCUAGGAUUACCAGGGAAAUGCAAUCGUUUGAAAUUCUCUGAUGCUACCUAAACCUGGGGGAAUUGCAAUAGAGAUUUUGGAAUAUACAGAUUUCAUAUGAUUUUAAUUUUAAAGUGUUAUAUAACCUUCUAUUAUUCUAUUAAGUUAUCUGUGUAGCAUUUACCCCAUAUACAAUAUACACUUGUUGAAGACAAUUAGCUUCAAGCCAACCCUUUUUAAGAUGUACUCGGCACUACCUAAACUCAGAGCCAUGCCCGUUACUGAUUUUUAUUCCACGCUCUUUCUUGGGCAUCGCUCUGAAAAGAUUUAAGCUGUUUCCCCAACAACUAAAACUGCCUAUAACGCACAUUUAGCGAUGUGUAUGAUUAUACCUGCUACAAUAACACAUAUUUUAAACAUAAGGGAGUUUUUAUUUUAAUGUGCUGGUGAUAUAGCGUAGUAGUUUUGCACUGAAUAUAACCUUUAUGUACGUCUUGUUAUAUAUUGAUGUUAACAAUAUGCUCGUUUCCUAGUGUUUCUCCCGUGAAAGACGGAAUUGUGUGUCCUCGCCGUUGUUGAUGUAAAAUCACAAAUAA